AUGCCUCCCCCAUCCGCCCUCAUCGGCCAGCCACCCCUCACAGACUCCGACUACUGGAUCGUCCGCAGCUUCCUCCUCAACUUAGGCAUGCUCGACAAGAUGGACCCCAAGAACGGCUUCCCUUCACCAGUGAAACGGCCAGCACCAGGCGAACAUCAUCAGUCCCUCCAAGGAAAGUUCAUCGCCAGCAUCGUCGUAUGUAUGGCAUUCAUGCUCAUCCCAACCAUCGUGCGACUAGCACUUCGGUGCCGGACGGCGAACAUGCGAUUAGGGUGGGAUGACAUCUUCGUCGUGCUGGGCUGUUUCUUCGGCCUCUCCUUCCAAAUCCUCAACAUCUUCCGCGUCGCGCUCGGCAAAUCCGGCGCGCACAUGUACGACCUCACAUACUGGAAUCUAUACAUCAACCUCGCGGUAGGCGGCGGCUCCGCGCUGAUCAUCUGGUUCUGGUGCAUUGUCGCGGUCAAGAUGUCGAUUCUCUUCUUCUAUAUGCGCCUGAACGGGUUUGCUUCCCGGAAGUGGAAGAUCGUGCUCUGGACGCUGUUCGCGGCUAUGGUGGCUUACAUUGUUAGUGCUACGCUCGUUGUGGCACUGCAUUGUGAUCAUCCGAGAUCGUUCUUUGAUUUAAGGUAUAAAGGGCAUUUGGAAAAGGAGCCGAAGUGCUUGGAUCUUCCCAAGGUCGUCGUGGGCCUUAAUGUUAUCGAGAUUUUGUUCGAUGCGUCGCUUAUGGUUGUGCCGGUGGUUAUGCUGUGGAAGGUGCAGAUGAAAUGGACGACGAAGCUGAGAGUGUACAUUGCGGGUAUGGUCGGGUGUCUGAACAUCGCCAUAGCCGUGGGAAGGACGCUUAUGAAUUUCUCGCAGCAGAAGGCGGUGGAUUUCUCUUGGUACUCGUACACAGCAACCCAAUGGGCCCAAGCCGAACUCACUCUCGGCGUCAUCACCGCCUCCCUCCCCGUCCUCUCAAAUCUCAUCACCAUCGCUCUCCGCUCCCUUUCCCAUCGUCGCAACAAAGAUCAACUCGACCGGGCCGCCGCAAAGUACCGCGGAUACGUAUUCAACCAAGAUGCUGCUAGGAAGAAUAGACGGGCCACACAUCCCCUUGACUACUCUGAUACUGUUGAUGGGGAGUUUGAGAUCAGUCGGACGACGACAAGGUCGUCGAAUACGGAUGUGUCUGCUUUUGCGAGAGGCGGGUUGAGUGAGAAGGGUCCGGAUGGUUUACAUGUGGUCGAGAUUGGAGAGGCGAGUUCGAGCGCGGGGAGCUCGAGUUGA